AUGGCUGGAUGUCCACAUCGACACGGAAUCCACUCUGGCUCCCUCCACAGCUCCCUUUACUUACUGUAUAGGAAGAAUUCAAAGCCAAAAUAUUGUCUUGGUCUACCAGAUAAUAAACAUGAAGACCGUCCUCCUGCGGUCGCUGUCCGGCCCCACCAGAAGGUCGCGAAACCAUCCAAGGUAGCCAAGCCAAAGCAGGCUCAGCCGGGGGAAUCGCCCAAGGCGUCACGAGCCGGUUUGUCCUCCCGGCGACGAGCGGUCAAUGUCGAGGCUCGCGUGCAGGGAGAAGUCACACCGCUCGAUGCCACUCAGCGGGACAUAACAAACCCCGUCAGCACAGGUGUGGUUGGUAGUAUCAAUCGAGGUCCUGCUAGCGUUGAGGCACAGGCCAUCGUAGAGCGGUAUGCCCGAGACCCGGAGCAGGAGGUCCAUUUCUAUGAUCGUUCACUACGGAAAGUUGCUGUGGACCAGUGUGUCCGCGCGGCGAUCGACGAUGGAAGUUUCACGGUCCUUAUGGGUUUGGGAAGGGGCCUCGCGGUGACGCGGAACCUGGUGUCCUCGGUGACACAAUUGCUCGAGAAUGUUGGAACCGCCGGGCCAGUCAUAGAGGAAGAGGAAGAGGAGUUGUAA